AUGCCUCUCUGUUUGACAGGUACGCCAAUCGAUGUGAACGUCUAUGACAUACAACGUAUUUCGAUUAACACCGAACAUAAUCAACCUGUCGCUGUGAGGACGACCGUUGCUUAUAAAGUUAAUACAAGUCAAGCUGGUCAAGGUCAAUUAAAAGUUGAACUAAUUCAACCUCAAAAUUCAAAAAUACCUUGCCGAUGUCAUGUACAAGAAAUAAAAUCUAAUGAAUAUCUUAUUCAAUAUAUUCCAAUUGAACCUGGUCGUUUUCAACUUCGUAUUCUAUUUAAUAAUCAACUUGUACAAGGAAAAACUUUUGAUACUGAUGUUUAUCUUUCAUUACCACAAACAUCAAAAACAAAUACAUUAUCAUCAAUUACUCAUAUACAACAAAUUAUUCCUAAUAAUAUUCCCGAAAUUGGUGAUCAUAUUUGUUUACAAAUUAAUACUGAAAAUCCUUCAAUAUCAUCAAUUCAAAGUCAAAUAUUAUAUAAUGGAUUGUCUGUUCCACAUAAAAUUGAACGAACAAAAGAUUUAAAUAUUUGGCAUUUAAAAUUUCGACCAUAUGUACCUGGUUCUUAUAAAAUAAAUUUGGUUCAUAAUGGAUUAUCUUUAAUAACUUCUCCAUAUAUAAUUCAAGUAAAAGAUACUAGUGGAAAAGUAGUUCUUUCCGGUCUUGAGCAAACAUUGUUAACAAAUUCACCGUGUGUAAUACAAGUCCAUGCUGAAUCAGCAUCGAAUGCACAAAUAAGAGUAAUUGUUCUUCUUGGUAAUCGUCAAAUUCCAUCAACAACAACAAUUAUUAAUGAUAAUCUUGUUCGAAUUCAUUUUAUUCCACAAGAACCUGGUAUUUAUACUAUUCAUGUUUCAUGUGCUAAUCAACCAAUUGAAGGAUCACCAUUUUCAAUUCGUGUUGAACGACCACGAAGCAUUCAAAUAUCUGGUGAAUGUUUUCAUCGUUUACGUUUGAAUGAUCUUGGAUUAUUUCGUAUUCAUUGUCAUGGACAACGAGGACUAAUUCAAGCAAAAAUUUUUAAUCUUUCUGCUGGUGAACGUUAUGAUAUUGGACAAACAAUAUCAUUUCAAUUACAGGAUACAUAUGAACAAUUAAUUCAAUUUCCAGCACAAAUUUUAUUAACAUCAUUUAAUAUUUUACUUGCAACAAGAUUAAAACUAACACAAGAACGAAUACGAAAUGUUGCACUUAACAAAGAAAAUGGCCGUGCAACCGUUUCAUUUCAAUUAUAUGAAACU